AUGGCGCCGAACGAUAACCGCCCCGAUGCUGUGCCCGUCAAGGAUGAAGCAGACCUUGUCAUGUUUGCGCAGGUGAUUUCGGUCUCUUUUUCCGACGACCCGCUCCAUCGAUACGUCCUCAUGGGUAGCGAGUCUCAUCCGGGCCAUCCAAAAUUGCACACGCCGGGUUUUCAGGAAGAGAACUGGUUGGCGACGAUGAGAUCGCGGUUUGAGGGGGGCGGACUUCUGCUCCAGAGCUAUAACUGGGCGGCUGUCGCGGUGUGGCUACCGCCGGGUAUUAAGAAAGCUGCACCCCGUCUGCCCAUUCCAGAGGGAGCUGUUGAGUACCUGGAUAAAUUUGGCCAGAUUAAAAAGCAAUAUCUUGGCGAUCGACUGCACUGGUAUCUCAAUCUGAUAGCACGCGCUCCAGGCCGCUUAGACAAAGGUAAUUACAUCCACACUCUUUCCCGCCCAAACAACUUUCUCAUGCAUCUGAGCUUCUCAGGUGCCAUCAGGACUCUCAUCGAGCCAUAUGUGAGAAAGGCCCUAGAGGAAGGGUUUCCGGUCUACUUGGAGGCCACCAGUACGCAUGCUAGAGACAUCUACAUCUACUUUGGCUUUAGGGUCCUAGAGGAAGUUAGGAUAGGCGAGGGUAUAAUCAAUGCUGAAGGCUGGGUAGAGCAGGGUGGAGAGGGUGUGCUGCUCUGGGCAAUGGCUGCCGGCUUGUAG